CCCCUGCAGCUCCUCGCGGGUCCAGCCGCCUCUCCUCGCCGCUCGGAGCUCAUCUCCAAGCCGCCUUUCUAGCCGGGACACCGACCUUCUGUUCGGGUCUUCUGGAGCCUGGAUCCGGAUCGCUGGUUUCGGAUGGAUUCUGACUCUUCUGCGUGAGGACUGGUCCAGUUUGCUGGGCGGAUCUGCGGUUCUGACGGCUCUGGGAAUACGGCAGGAUUGCGUUUUACGCGGAUGCGUCUGGGGCGACCUGUGGAUCCGCAGGAACACCGGGAGGUCAAAGCCGCAGGGAGGUUCAUGUCUCCGGUCCGCUCCGGCUCCGAGGUUUCUGCUUCCUUAGACAUCCUCGCACCAUGCCUGAGGGUUCACGGCGCGGCAGCCAGAGAUCGCCCAGUAACUCAGCCGCCAAGCGUCCCUCCUCAGUCUCGUCUCUGAGUGGGAUUGUGGGUAGGAUGAUGUCAGCUGGCGAGCGAGGAGCAUCUUCGUCCUCCUGCACCUCCGUCAACACCGUGUGCUCGGACAGCGAGCGUCCCGUCUCCCUCUCCUCCUCCACCUCCUCCGUCUCUCUGCAGGAUGCCUCUCACUCGUCCUCCUCUUCGUCCUCUUCAUCGCUUCCGUACGGCACCGUGCCCGCCUACAACGCUUCCCUAUCGUUGUCAUCGUCCUCCACGCCGAAGCGGAACGGCUCCGACAUCAGCCUGGACCUCACGCCGCUCGUGACGGCCAACAGCGGAGCGCCACCUACAGGAGGAGAAGGGGUCGCCAAGUCCGCAGCAGCAAACCACGCCCACAAUGGACACAUAGCCAAUGCGGCGGCAGCGAUGUCAGCAGGGGCCACACCCAGGCGGCUUUCCAGGCUGGAGAGAGUCAUCCUGGAGAUCGUAGAGACGGAACAGGCCUACGUCAGAGAUUUAAAAAGCAUCGUGGAGGACUACCUGGGCUGCAUCAUCGACUGCGGCGCCCUGCCGCUGAAACCGGAACAGGUCAGCACGCUCUUCUGCAACGUCGAGGACAUCUACGAGUUCAACAGUGAUCUGCUGGAGGAUUUGGAGCGGAGUCCUGACGCCGCCGCCAUCGCUGACUGCUUCUUAGAGCGGAGUGAAGCCUUUGACAUCUACACGCUUUACUGCAUGAACUAUCCAAACUCAGUGGCCGUGCUGAGGGAGUGCAUGAAGAACGGAAGCCUGGUCCGUUUCUUCCAGGAGAGACAGACCACCCUGAACCACUCGUUACCUCUGGAGACGUACCUGCUCAAACCGGUCCAACGCAUCCUCAAAUACCACCUGCUGCUCCAGGAACUUUCUAAGCACGUGGAUAAGAGCGACCCCGGCUAUGAGGUGGUGGAGGACGCCAUCAUCACCAUGACGGCGGUGGCCUGGUACAUCAACGACAUGAAGAGGAAGCAGGAGCACGCCGUGCGGCUGCAGGAAAUCGAGUCCCUGCUGAUGAACUGGAGCGGGCCGGACCUCAGCGGCUUCGGGGAGCUGGUUCUGGAGGGUUCCUUCAAGGUCCUGAGGGUGAAGAAGGAGAGGGCGUUCUUCCUGUUCGAUAAGAUGCUGCUGAUCGCCAAGAAGAGGCUGGAGCAGUUCAUCUACAGCACACAUAUCUUUUGCUGCAACCUGCAGCUGGUGGAGACCCUGAAGGACCCGCUCUGCUUCAAAGUGUCGGACCAGACCAUUCCCAAGCAGCAGCACGUCGUGCAGACGAAGAACCAGGAGGAGAAGCGGCUGUGGGUGCACUACCUCAAGAGGCUGAUUGUAGAGAACCACCCAGCUUCUCUUCCACAGAAGGCGAGGCAGGUCCUCGGAGACAACUUCUGCCAGUCUCCUCAGUUCGAUCAGGAGACGCUGAAGAAGUCGUGCGCUUCGCCGCGUCUGGACGACCUUCACGGUUUUCAUCGAGGCCGGCGCCAGUCAGAACCUCCAGAGCUGCUGAACACGCCGGAGAAAUCCAGGAAGGGUCUGCCGCUGCUGCUGGAGGGCAGCCUGCCGUACAGACGCACCAGGAGGCAGUCAGCUCCUGCCAAAGACAUCGAGGCAGCGUUUCAUCCUGGAGAACGUGAUGUUUCCUGUCAUCAAGGCCAUAUGGCAGCUCUCAAGCAGGCGGGCAGCGAGGGCGAGCUCUGUCCUGCAGACAGCCUGGCCUCUGCAGGCAGCAGCAGCACGAUCGCAUCAUCCGUCAUCGAGGUGGAGACGGAGCGGCUCGACACCAGGAUGACACGACAGGAGGAAGAGGAGGAGGAAGAGGAGCUGAGCGCUCUCAGACCUCCUCCCACUCUCUCCAUCACGGAGGAGAUCCUGGAGUUCAUCAACCAGAGCAGAGUGAGGGAUGGACUGAUGGACCACAGCCUGGAUCCUCCCUCUGAGGCUCCAGGAGGCCCCGCCUCCUCCGCCCCCCCGCUGCCCCCCAUCUCCUCCAGCCCCGAGCACCGGCUGGCCUCAGAGCAGGACCAGCACCCAGAAGACCUGAAGGACCCCCCCAGAGACAGGGAGACGGCUGCAGAAGACCUUCAGGACAUGCCAGAUGUUCCUGCUGACACGGAGGAGGCGGCGGGGGACACCGUGGCGGGGGACACCGUGGCGGGGGAGAACGUGGCGGGGGACACCGUGGCGGGGGACAACGUGGCGGGGGACACCGUGGCGGGGGACACCGUGGCGGGGGACAACGUGGCGGGGGACACCGUGGAGGAGGCGGCGGGGAGAGGGAGUGAUGAUGAACCUGAGCGCAGCCUUGACGUCCCGCCAUCACCAGACCUUCAGUCCUCCGUCUCUGCAGGACAAAAGACGUUCCUCAGCAGCGAGUCGGACAAAGAUCCCCCGGCGUCCUCCAAACUUCCAGAUCUUCUCCAGCAGCCCGUCCAGAGGUUCCAGCCGCCCAAGAAAGGCUCCAACCUCACAAACAAGGACAAGAAGAUCAUCGAAAAGAUCAGGAGCUACUAUGAAGCAGCAGCAGAGGCUGAGGAGCGUCAGUCAGAGGACGAAGACGAGCCCAGAGAGGGAGGAGAAGGAAGAGAGGGAGGAGAGGGAGGAGAGGGAGGAGAGGUCUCCAGAAGAAGAAGCAGCUUCUCCCAGAUCCCCGCCGGCCUGGUGAAGGAGUCCGUGUCACGGUUUAGUGCGACUGGAGGAGAACCAGCGAGCGAUCACUCCCAGCCCGGAGACAUGGAGGCCAACAAGGAGUCCACCUCCUGUUCCUCCUCGGCUCCACCUCCACCUCCAGCAGAAGGAGAAGCAGGAGAACCUCUGAGCUCCUCUGAGGUGGAGCCGUCUGAGUCCACGGUCUCUGAGGAGGACCAGCGGUCUCCAACCACGGAUCCCGAAACGUUCCCUGAAGAGGAGACGGAGAUCCUGGAGGAACGGUGGAACGUCCACAAAGGAUCUCCAGAGGAGAACCCGGAGGAACCAGAGGAGGGAAAGUCCGCAGAAGAAGAAAGACGGCCCCGUUCUGAAGGUCCUGAAAACAAAGAAGAAGAGAGAAGCUGUGCUGCUGCUCAGCCUGACGCCACAGAACCAGAACCGAGCCAGACAGAACCCUCUACGCACGGCCAAAACACCAAAACCCAGUCCACGGGGUCCAGAACCAAACCCAGAGAGCAGGCGGACUCCAGGCAGAACCCGGAGAACUUCCCCGGUCCAGACAAAGUGGGUCGAUGGUCCCGCCACUCCAGGAUCGUCACCGCCAACCGGGCCCUGUUUGAGGGCAUGGGGUCCGAUGUCACCGGUAUCGGCUUGUUUGAGUCGGACCCGGUCCUCAGGGAGAACUCUGAGCGCAUUCUGAGCAAGGUCCAAACCCUGGCCCGCAUGUACAGCUCCAAAGCCAGCACCAUGAAGGUGCCGCUGCACCACAAGCGGACCGGCGCCAUCAGAACCCAGGCGUGGGUCUCAGCAAGGCUGCCUGCAUGUUCUGCUCAGAACCGAGACAAAGGUCUGUCGCCGCAAGAACAGGAGACCGGAUGUGGAGCCCAGACCCGUUCUGAGGCCAGAACAGAGCGUGGAGCCUGCAAGCAACCGGGCCAGAACCGAGCCGUGGUCCAGGAGGAGCUACGGAUUCACGGAGGACGGCCUGAAGGUCAGACGGAUGAUUCCCAGGAGGAGGGGCCGGCGCCCUGUGAGCCGGCGCCGUUGGGUCAUGUGACCCCGUUGGGUCAUGUGACCCCCGCGCUCUCCGGGCCCAGAGACUUCCUCUUCACGCUGACCUGCAGCGCGCCAGGAGAAGGUCCGUCCCAUCAGAACCAGGCCUGCAGCACGGACGCCGCCCUGUCCUCCGCCUCUCCUGGACCCGCUCACCGGGCCGGCGCCCAGCCCGAGCCUCGGGGGUCCAGAUGGAGCAGCUCCAGCCCCUCGGUGUCGCCCGCAGCUCUGCAGGGUAGAUGUUCAGAGUCCAGAGGCUCUCCUGAGGAGAAACAUCAAGAUGUUCCUGCUGAUGCUGAGUCUGAAGUGCAGCAGGCAGCAGGCGGCAGCGCGGGCCGAGAUGAAGGAUGCUGUGUUUACUCGUCUUCAUCAGCAAGUCUCUCCACUCCGCCGGCGGACCCUGAGGCCUGCAGGGCGCCCAGCGAGGAGGAACACGACCCAGAUGUAGCAGCUGCACCAGAUAAACAGGAGAACGGGGGCCCCCGCCAGGACCGGGGGGUCACAGAGACAGACGGGAGUCUUCAGUCAGGGUCCAGAACCACCUGGGGGUCUCGUCCGGGACUGAGAGAAGAACCGGCCCAAGGAGAGCCCAGGGCAGAGGAACCACUGGGGUCCAUGGGGAGGCAGAAGAUAGCAGAACCUGGGAGAGAAAAUGAAGGAAGUUCUGCAGAGACCUGUGCAGAAAAGGCCUCAAGAGAACUUUGUGUUGUGCCGACGGACCUGAUGGACCCGGUGGACCCGGUGGACCCGGUGAACGACGGAACCGUCACCCAGACCUCCCAGCAUCUUCACAAAGUCAAAGCUGCACCCAGUCCAAGUUGGUCUGCUUCGAGGUGCGCUGCAACAUCUGCAGAUCUGCUGCCGACUUUCACCAACCAGAGACCCACGGAGCUGCUGGCCGGGGUCCAGCGGGCCUCAGCGGUACCCUGGACCGUCAGCAGAACACCUGAGAAGGACCUCAGGAAGCCAGAUGAACCGGUCUCAGGACCGUCCCUGAGGAUGCCAAGUCCUGUUCCUCCGGCCUUCAACCCCAGCCUCAUCCGUCGUUCCCCUUCUCCUCUGAGAUCUGCCUCCUCAGUCCGAGCGCCUCCCUGCUCCUCACCGUUCAGGGCUAUCCCAGUAUCUAGUCCCACUCUGGCACCUCCUGCUGGGUUUGCCUCAGCUCUGUCCUGUCUGUCCCCAACGCCCCCCUCCGUCUCCCCUGUGAGAACCCCAACUCCGUUAGCUCCUUUAUCUGGAAACUCCUCGUCAUCAAAAGGACCUCCUUCCUCCACUGCUCCUCCAUCCAGCCUCCAUCCUCCGUCAUGUCCGUCCCCGUCCUCCUCUGCUUUUACCAAAUCUUUAGCUGCCUCCCACAUCAGCCAGUCUAUCAGUCACAGUAUGGUUAAAGGCAACACAGCACGGCAACAAGCAGCGGCCGUGAAGCUGGUGGAGCAAAGCCCCUCCUCCAUCCCGGACAUGCGACGCCGCACCCCCUCACCCAACCCUCCUCCAGCCAUGCAAGCCUUUAGCGCGCCUGCCUACGCCCAGCUGGGGUGCACUAAAGAUGGUUACCAGCCUCCAAGAUGUCCCCCGCCAUCGCUGCGGUCAGCAUGUCUCUCUCCGUCUGCUCAGUGCCCUCCAUCCCCAGGCCUUCGUCAGCCUCACUCCUCCUCCUCCUCCUCCACUUCCCCUCGGCCUUCCUUCCUUCACCCCAAAACCGCUUCACCACAGCAUGGCAACAGGAACAGCAACAACAACAACGCUGCCGGUGUGACCGCAGCUAACGGGUGUGCAGGCGCCGCUGUUGGUCACAGAGGCUGCUCGGUGGCGGACGGCGGCUCAGAAACCCACCAGAGUCACUACCCACUCUGGUCCACGUCUCACAACCGGGUAGCACGGCCAUUUUCUGCCUCUGAGCCCAGCUCACGAGUUCAGUCUCCAACUCCCUCCCCAACUCCAGCAUCGUUUGUCUCCCCAACUCCAGCAUCGUUUGUCUCCCCAACUCCAGCAUCGUUUGUCUCCCCAACUCCAGCAUCGUUUGUCCGCCUCUGCUCCCCACCACCGCUGCAUAAUUACUCCUCCCCCAUAGCACACAAACCCCCCCACCCUCCUAGUUCACGGGGGGCAGGUGCCCACAACCCCCUGGACCUCCGUUUGGACCUGGCGAGGGGUUCCUUGGAAGGUUUCUCCUUUGGUGAUUCCUCUGCAUGUGUGAGCCCUCAGAUACUCUCCCCUCCUCCAAUCGGCAUGCCAGUUUGGACAAAUGACAUAGCAGCCCCUCAACCCAGGAACCCUCAGUAUUCGCCCACUUCAGGUUCUCAAUCACCGAGGAUUCCUCCCUCCACCUCAGGGAGGACUUCCCUUUCCCCACUUCCCCCCCAAACCGUCCGUAGGCGCCUUUCUUCCAGCCUGGCGGAGGCACCUUCAAGUCUAGCCCGCAGCAGCAGGACUGCGCUGCGUUGCUCUUGGACGGACCAAAGAUGCCUUGGCUUCAACGGUGAUGGUCGAGGGUCCUUUGAGCAGCAUAAGUCCUGUCCCAUCAGUCCAACCAGCGGGUGGUCCUCCCACAGCAGCUCCCCAUCCUGCCUAAGCCCCCGGUCCGGCCUGCAGUCCCCACUCUCUCCCACCAGGCUUUCCCCCGGCAAGGCUGCCGUCGGUGGGCAGCAUUUCACCAGCGUACCCUGGCCAGAUGUCCGGGAACUGUCAAGCAAAUACAACGGUACCGACAGCCCAGAAACCAGCGUGACUCCCACCGCUCCUCUGUCUCCGGUACACUUCGUCACCUCGCCGGGUGCAACAGACAGCCGGGCUGAGUGGGAAGACCCAGAACCGGAGGAGGGAAGCUGUCGCACUCAGCUCAUCUGUGCUUAUGUCGCCCGGCCGUCUCACCAGCAGAACGUCUCCUCCUCCUCAUGCCUGAUCUUCUCCUCCUCAGGGAGAACCUCCAGUCCACCUGAGUCACACCAGCGCUGCGACCUCCAAGACCAGAGACAUGCUCCAGUCACCCCCUCAGCCCAGAGCCCAUCCCCCCUGUCCAAACAGGGGCACCAGAAGGCCAGCUACGCCACCACAGUCAACCUCCAGAUCGCUGGAAGUGGGCGAAUAACCUCGUUCAGCACCGCCCAAGUUAGCUUGACUCAGACCCUGCAGGGGGGAGCCGGCCCUCCCGGGAGCCAGGAGCAGAUGGCGAGGAGAGUGAGCAUCAACGGGUUCUCGCCUGUUCCUCAGAGCUACAACAGGCUGUGAGGGGAGAACAGAACCAGGGAUCCAGUUCAGGAACAAGCUGGCAGACAGGAAAGAGAGCCAAAGGCUUUGGAGAAGCUGCCUGUUUAUCUCAUCUACAAACUCUUCUCUAGCUGCAGGUCCAGACCUCCUGGACCUGGUCCCACUCUGGACUUAAGAACCUCUACGGGUCCACGAACAGACAAGCAUGGUCCAAACAUGUAGAACGUCAGAAUCUGAUGCAGACUCUGAGGUCCCAGGAUUCUGGAUUGUUUCAAACUAAAACAGAACAUUUUGGAUUAAAAAAGCCUUAAAGUAUUUAACUUGCACACGGAGCAUGUAGCUUUAGAACUUUGCAUUUUGGAUCCGGAAUAGGGAACGAAAUAAAAAGACAUCCCCAAGCUUGACAUGAAGAAUUUGGGCGUUAUGAACAGUUUAAAAGUUGAAUUUCUGCAGAUUUAAAGACUUCCUGGAGGUGAAAUGAACGUUGUAAGCUGUUGUUAGAGAGCAGGAGGACCUCUGAUGUGCCGACAUGUUGAAGGUUGAGCAGGAAACCGGUUUAGUGUUUUUUUAUUAAGGCUGCGUGAGGCCAGAGUUUUUAUGUGUAAUGAUAACCUGUAUCUGUGUACACCCUGUUUAUUCCUCUGUUUCUAUCUUUAUUUAUGAAGUUAGUCUCAUCCUUUUUUGGCACUUAAUCUCCUUAAAGUCAUGUUGGUGUUUUUGCACAGCGUCCUCGGCUUCACGCUUCGGUGUUUUUGAAACGACGUGUCUGCAGGUUCUCACAUAUCUUCAGACCAAACUCUUUGUUGUUUCUGUUUUUGUGUUUUAUCAUCGCAGCCAAACCGAGUCUCCAGAAUCUGACUCGGGCCUUUGAUCCCAGUUCAAGAACCUGUUCCCACACAUCCACCGCUGUGUGAAGAAAAACUGUUGGCUCUGUCUGAAACUCACACAGGGCGGACCUGAGGUGGUCUUUGUUUGGUGGCUGUGAGGGGCUUGAAAUAAAAAGUAAUAUCUUUGCCUUCA